AUGUCGAUUCCCUACGAGGAGGAGGGCUACGUGGACGACGAGAACGAGGACGCCGACGCCCAGUGCAGCAGCGCCGGCGAGAGCGACUACGAUCUCUCGGACUUCGCGGAAGCCGACGAUGUCGACAUGGCGCAGCAGGAUGCCGAGGCCGCAGACUACCCGAAGCUUCGCGUUGCGCAGCCGGACGAGGAGUAUCCGGGUGAAGACGACAAGGACGAGGUCGGCGAGCUCCCGAGCGCCAGCUCGUCAGUCAAGGACAGUCGUCGCCGCUCGGUGUCGUUCGGCCCGUUGCCCCUUGGUAAUCUGGCUGAGGAGAACGUCGAGAUGAAGUCUCCGUCUUCCCGGUCGCCGCUGACGUUGGAGGAGCUGAGCGACAGAGAACAAGAUGGAAGAGAUAGACGCAGCAGCGAGUGA